GCUCCUCAUGGGUGAAACUGCAAUUCCAAACUUAAAGGCCGAUGUACAGCCAGAAGUCACAGAGAUUGAAAGUCUUUGUUUUCACUGCUGCAAGACGGGAACAACCCGGCUUCUGGUCGUUAAGAUUGCCUUCUUUCGUGAAGUCAUUAUCUCGUCCUUCUCAUGUCCUCACUGUGGCUUUGAAAACCGAGCUUUGGAUCCGGCUGCUCAGAUUCAGGACAAGGGGCAGCAGAUCAUAUUGAAUGUUCAAACGCAGAAGGACAUGAACCGUCGUGUAGUUCGUCCCGCAGGGUCGUCUGUAAAGAUACCAGAAUUGAAUGUUUCUUUUCCCACAUCCGACGGAGAUGUUUCAACUAUUGUGGGUGUCAUACUACGCACCGCUGAAAUUAUUGAGAAACUGCAACCAGAACGGAAGAUGAAACAACCAGACUUAGCAGAGAAGCUACAAACUUUCGUUGGACGGCUACGCAGUCUCCUAUCUCUGAAACAACCAUUUACUUUCAUUUUGGACGACCCUUCUGGAAACGGAUUUAUUGAAAACUACCUUGCUCCAGACACCGAUCCUCAGUUGAAGAUUAAGUUGUACCAAAGAACUCCGGAGCAGGAUGCUACUCUUGGAAUUCGUCCGGAUGUCGUUGGUGAGGCAUCUGUUGGCGUUCUGUCAACUGUUGCGGCCCCCAAAACAACGUCACCCAGGGACCGAAUAAAUGAAGACGAAGUGUUCAACUUUAACGUGAAGUGCCCUAAUUGCAGCCUUCAGCUGACUACUCGUAUGAAACUUGUCAAUAUUCCACACUUCAAACAAGUUGUGCUUAUGGCAACAGUCUGUUCCGGAUGCGGUUACAAGAACAGUGAAGUCAAAGCAUUCGGAGGAAUUAACCCAAAGGGACGUCUUUACCGGCUCAAGUUGGGUAACCCGACGGACCUAUCCAGAGACGUGUUUCUCUCGGAUACAUCGUCCAUGCGCAUCCCCGAUCUGGAUUUGGAGUACGCGGGCAGCACCUUGAGUGGACGUUUCACAACUUUUGAGGGACUCCUUCUGGCAUUGAGCGAUCAGCUUGCCAACGUUGGGCCAUUUUUGCUUGGAGACAGUACGCCUCAGGAUGAAAAGGCUAAGAAGCUGGCUUUUAUCAUUGAACAACUAAAAUUGAUCGCUUCCGGUAAACGCCUGGGUGUGUCUUUCGAACUAAAGGACCCAGCAGGCAACAGCUACGUGCAGAAUUUGUACGCCCCUGAUCCGGAUCCUGAGCUGGAAGUUAUUGACUACGAGCGGACGCCUGAAGAAAACGAUGAUCUUGGUAUAACUGACAUGAAUACUACUAAUUACGACGGGACCACUACCGCAAACUCCGGUGACGUCUCCUGAAAACCCCUUCUACCUUUUCUCAUGACAUGUCCUUAAACUGAUAUUCAAAAUACUCCCACGCGGUUAUUGAUACAGCUUUUCUGUGACAAUCAUUUCCAGUCUUCAUUUAUCUUGCGUUUCGAUAAAUACCUUUUCUGCUCUGAAUCCAAUUGACUGCAGUUUCAGAGGUUUCAUAAUGGCGUGCAAAUUGCUAUCCAUGGGAUGCAUUAGGAUCUUCCCAUACGUACAUUCACUUGCUUUCACGAGCGGAUAGAUCAUGAAC